GCUACAUUAUCAAACGUCGAUGUUACACUACGAAAAGAACAACUUUGCAUUCCUAAAUAGAAGUGAUUUCUCUUAAAAAUUUAAUUAUAUUAUUACUUGUGAUAAGAAAGUUGUUACGCAAUUUGCUGCGUUAAAGUAAAAUCGUAUACACGUAGGUACAGUAUAAUUAAAACAGUAACUUAAACUGGAUCACCUUGCUUCGCACACGCAACACUUAAAAUCAUUGUGAUAUUCUCAACCAGUGUAGACAGACUGCAUACAAAGUUUUCAAUGAAUAAAAUAAUUUUAAAGAAUUCAAUAUUUCCUGAAGAGACAGAAUUAUUUUCCUGGGAUGAAAAUGCCUUAGAAACUUUCAAAAAUCUCAUAAACGAGGAAGGAAUAAAAUGUCGUAUGGAUGACAUUUUUCUUCUUGGAUUUCUUCGUGCUAAAAGUUUCGAAGUGGAAAAAUCCCUGGAUAUGCUCAAAAGUUAUUAUGAUAUUAGAAUACAAUAUUUUCAAUACUUUAAAGAUCUUCUUCCUUCUAAGGUGGAACACGCUCUGUCACUGAAUUGUGUUCAAUUUUUGCCAAGACCUGAUAAGAAAGGAAGAUACAUUUUCAUUAAUCGAAUAGGUAAUUGGAAAACUUCUAUUGCAAAUGCAAUCGAUUUAUUUCGCACUUUGAUGCUUUACUUCGAUUUUCAAGUAAACUUCCAUCGUACUCAGGUGAAUGAAAUAGUUUACAUCACAGAUGCUGCGGGAUAUUGCACAUCCCAUUUUCUUCAACUAACACCGAAAUUAGUCAAUGCAACAAUGAAUAUUUUAUUUAAGGAUUCGUAUCAAAUUCAUUACAGUGAAUUGCAUGUUGUCAAUAUGAAUUUUAUAAUGAAAGCAGUUGUAAAUAUUUUCAAGCCACUUUUGUCACAAGAACUCAAAAAGAAGUUGCAUUUCCAUUCAGGUUUGGGUAAUCUGCACGAAUUCGUCAGUCCAGAGUGUCUACCCCUAGAAUACGGAGGAAAUUUGCCAAGUUUUGAUCCUACCGAAACUAAUAAAAUGAUCAAAGACAACGAAGAAUUCUUUCGAAUAAACGAAGAAUAUUUAAUGAUGUAUAAAGAAGAAAUUGAUAAAAAAUCUUCAAGGUAAGAAGAUUGAGAGAAGAUCAGAGUGAAAUACAUUCCAUAGAAAUCUUUAGACAAGAAAAUGAAUUAUUAUUUUAAUAAUUCAGAUGUAUUUUGUAACGGGAUCUGAAUAUUACAAUAAGCAUUUGUAAUUAAUUAAUGUCAAAAUAUUUAACUUUCGAUAAA